AGUUAUUGUAGCCAGAGGGAAAGAUGGCGUCCAUACGUGCAUACUUGAAGCCUUUUAGGCCCAUUUUGAUCAUGAUUUUUCUGCUGCUAGUCGGAUUCUUAACGUAUGUAACUGCGACGGACGAACCUGAUGAGGGAGUAAACGAUUUUGCUGAAUUUGAAACGGAAGGGGACGAAGAAGAGGAAGAAGAAACAGAGACGCACGGAACAAGUGAUCAAGAUGAAGACGAAGAAGCUGAUGUUCAAGAAGAGACAGAUGAUUCAGAGGCCACAGUUGAAGAGCCAGAUGAGGACCAAGAAGAAUUUGAUCACUUCACGGAUGAAGAAGAAUUUGAGGGUUACAAUAAAGAAAAGAUACCAAAAGGAAAAUCAGGUCCACAACCAGACUUAAAAAUCAAAAAAAUUCCUGUUCAUUUAAGAGCAAACUGGGAAGGAUUUUAUGCUGAAAUUCUGACUCUAGCAGGACUUGCAGUUUAUGCUCUUAAUUUCUUUGCUGGACGUAGCAAGAAUUCCAGGCUUGCAACUGCAUGGUUAAAAUCCAACAAAGAACUUCUAGAAAGUAAUUUCAGCAUAGUGGGUGAUGAUGGUUCUAGUGAAGAACCUCAGCAAGGAGUCCUUGUGAAGGAGAGCGAGAGUCUUUACACCCUGUGGUGCACAGGGAGGGUGGGAUGUGAAGGACUGCUUGUCGAAAUAAAGCUGCAGAAGCGCCACGACCUAGUUAGUGUGAUGUCAUAUUUAGUCAAACCAGCAAGAGAUACCAUAACAGUUACAGUACACAUGACUGAGGAAGAAAUGGACAACUUUGUUUUUGCUGUGUUGCCAAAGAAGACUGCAACCAAGAUGCAAAAGGAGCUGCAAGAUUUGACUUUUUUCUGCCCUGAUAAACGUAGUGGUGCCAAGUAUGAUCUUCCUGCUUCGUAUGUUGUUUUAACUGAAUCAACCGAGGCUGCCAGUGCUAUUUUAACAUCCCAGAUCACGAGAGCUAUUUCAGGUGGUGAAGAAAUGUUUGACUCCUUGAUAUUUUCUGAUCAGUAUGUAGGCCCUAAACAACCAGAUGAUGAUGACCAGGCAGCCAGUGGAAAACCAGUUAAACCAAAGAAAGUUUUGUUAUUUAAUUUCAAUGUGCCCUCUAAAGGCAGCAGUACGAAGUCAGCUGACAUGGUUAAAUUGGAACCCAUGAUGAGGCUUGUACUUCACUGUAUUGACAGGGUUCGUCGUUUCAAGCUGGGAAAAGAGGCAAAAGCUAAAGCCGAGAAAAACCGACGGGAACUUGAAGAAAACCUUCUCAAACAAUCUCACGCCCAAAGACAAGAAGCCGCUCAACAGCGUCGUGAAGACAAGAUAAGGGCCGAGAAAGAACGCAUUAUGCAGGAGGAUGACCCAGAGAGACAGCGCCGGCUUGAGGAGAGAGAACACAAGAAGGAAAUGAAGAAAAGAAAUCCAUUCAAAGUCAAACAAGUCAAGGCACGUGGCUGAUGGAGGGAAGGUUUCAGGGAAUUCUCCCUUCUUCCAGCUCAACCAAGCAUCAUUGUUAAUCUGUAGCUUCUCUCGCCAGUUACAAUAAGUUAUUGCAACUAUUUCACGGCAUUCAGUUCAGAGGGAGCGUUUUCUUCAAUUAGAAAUUGUCACUAAAAUUUAACGGUAAUGCAACUGACCAAAGUCUUGGGCAGAUCAUAAUGAAUAGUGAAAUUUGAUGAGUUUUGACCUUACAAGCUGAAUGCUGUUCAAUUUCUGUUUUAUAUUAUAGUAUUGUGAAGCACUUUAAUUUGAUGUUUCCUUUUGAAGACACUGUUUAUUGAAGAAUCGCUCGCCACUGUGUGCAGCAACAUAGCCCCUUGCAUUAAUUUUAUUUAAUAAUCUUUUAUAUAGACAAGUGGUACAUACUUGGCAUAAUUUUUUUUCUGUUUUUUGACUUUCAAAACACGUGGAGCAUGUACCUCUGCUGCUCUCUUACAGACUGUCAAUAUUUGUUGACUGUAUUUGUUACACAUUCACAGCUAUGUGCAAGCUUUGCUGACUUAUAAGACUUAAAAAAAAAUUAAUGUACAGCAACGGACAUCUCUUUUAGUUAGGCCGAGUCCAUCAUGUUUCUUACGAACAGCUGGCUGUUACGCUACAGGUGUAUCUCACUUCUACAUUUUGUUUUAGUGCGUCUGUCCUAUUGGUGAUUGUUUAAAAAAGAAAAGUACGUGUUUUAACUUCUGUGCUGCGUUGUUUUUUUAAAUAAAGUUCAUUGUCUUGUAAAUCUGAUGAGAGGA